GCCAAAAGACUGAUGUGGUGUUUUGUAACCUUGACAAUCUCUGUGCCAGAGAGGGCUACCUUGGAGUAAUGACAAAAGCCGAGUCAUGAGUACUGCACAUCCGUUCCUUGUAGGUCACCCUCUGGCCCAUCAUCUCAUUGCCACUUCUCUGGGGCUUUGGUGGUUAAUAUGAGGGGAAGAGGACCUCAGUUUGCCAUAUCCAGGAGCCUGGUCUUCAAGCAGGACGUGCCUGGUUUGUGCAACGCCAAAUGUGAGAAAGGCAGACUCAGUUCCAGAAGAGUUUACAGUCUGUGUCUCUGGCUGUAACACAGCAGCUCAACACCGGUUCCUAAAUGGCCUCAGGUAUGGAUGGGAAGAAAUGCAGCGUGUGGAUGUUUUUACCUCUUGUGUUUACCCUGUUUACAUCAGCUGGAUUAUGGAUAGUGUACUUUAUAGCAGUGGAAGAUAACAAAAUUCUCCCACUAAAUGUACCAGAUAGGAAACCUGGUUCCAAAAGACCACCUUAUAUAAGUAUUGCAGGUGACGCACCUCCUGCAAGCUGCGUGUUUAGCCAAGUCAUGAACAUGGCAGCAUUUCUAGCGCUCGUCAUGGCUGUCCUGCGCUUCAUUCAGCUGAAGCCGAAGGUGCUAAACCCUUGGCUGAAUGUCAGCGGCCUGGUGGCGUUAUGCUUGUCCUCUUUUGGGAUGACCCUACUCGGCAACUUUCAGCUUUCCAACGAUGAGGAGAUCCACAAUGUGGGCACGUUGCUGACCUUUGGCUUUGCGACCUUGGCAUGCUGGAUCCAGUCUGCCCUCACCCUCAAGAUCAACCUGAAGAAUGAGGGACGGAAAGUCGGGAUUCCACGAGUCGCCUUGUCAGCCAGCAUCACCCUCUGCGUCAUCCUCUAUUUCAUCCUUAUGGCACAGGGCAUUCACAUGCAUGCUUCCAGGAUCCAGUGGGGCCUGGUCAUGUGUUUCCUGUGCUACUUUGGCACCUUUGCAGUGGAGUUCAGGCACUACAGAUUUGAGAUCGUUUGUUCUGAGUACCAGGAAAACUUUCUGAGCUUUUCCGAAAGCUUAUCAGAAGCCUCUGAGUACCAGACAGAUCAGGUGUAGCCUGUCCUCUGGCAGGGGGGGAGGGGGGCAGGUGUGGUCUCAUGGGUUAAACAUGACCUCAUUUACACUUUUUUUAUGAGUUUGUUUUAUGUGCAAUCAUGAUUGUGUUGCCGAAGGGCUCUGAGGGUGGCUGUCUCAUUAAGAGCCAAACAGAAAUAGCUGUCAACUGGAAGAGUGGAUCCUUCUCAGCAGCAGCAUGAGAGCACAAGCUGUUUAGUUUGUACUACCAGUGACUCUUCCUGAGUGGCUCCGUCACACUCCUGUUGUUCAAAACAUUCAACAGCCAGUCCUUGCGAUGCCCCUCCGACACAGGCACUCCUCAGCCUGUUCUGCAGAGGAGGAGAUGAAGGAAACAGACUUUCCCGGGCACCAAGAGCCUUCAGGAGGUUCCUGAGUCCCCAGACUGCAUCUUUCAUGUUUCUUGUGUUGUUUUCUUUGCUGCCAACUGGUGUAACUUGGUAGGGUGAGAAGGAGUGUCUGUUUCUUCUGGACUUGGAAUUGGACAGUGGAAGACCCAAACUGACUGGCUUUUAUGGAGAGCAGGCAGGCAUUUCUUCCAGCCUGGAAAGCAGCUGACGGUAAAGCUGGGUUUGGGAGAACCUGUGCUGUGAUCAGGAAGUGGGACUUGGCCGAUGGAGUCUUGCCGCUGGGCAGACCGUCCCCAGGCCAGAGGAGAUGGCAGUGGGGUGCUGUGCUCAGCUCCGUGUUUCGGACUCAACAGAAGGAACUGGGGGAAGUGAGGUGCUGAAUUAAGAUGGGAAUGCCUGUGUGCUCUGAAGAUAACCCAGAAAAGCCUGCUUUUCUUAAGUGUGUAGUGCUUCUACCACAUACUGUGUGUAAUAUUUCAAAAGCUUUUUUUUUUUUUUUUGUUCACUGAGGGGUAAGACCUUGUGUUAGAGACACUGGGCUCGCCUGCAGUGAGAACAGAACCGUUGCUGGUGGUUCUGGGCACAGGGUUUGGUUUUGUUCCUUGUGUACUUCAAGUCAAACUUCAGGCAUGCCGACACUAGGCCUGGGCUGUGGACCCCUCAGGGUGGCCAGAUGUCCUGAGUGGAGUCUGCCACAGAUUUAAGCGGGCUUCCAAGGUGCAGGGAAGCAGUUCUGUCCCGGAGGUUGGGUGAUAUGUCUGAAAGGAACAGCAAAACCAGAAGGGCUUCCCCCUCCCUGAAGGGAGGUUUUCAAACAGGUCUGUUUUCAAAGAAAAAGCAGGAGCUCAAAGCCCCUGUUUGAAAACCUGAUUUUAGGAAGGCUGAUGUAUUGGCUAGGCAGGGGAGCAAUGGGAGUUGCUUCUCAUGAAUGUGCCUCCUCUUUUCCUCCGCAAGUCAGGCUCAGUUUAGAUUUACAUCUUGUCUGAGCUGCAGAAGAAUAAGCAGAAAUUAAAAUCGUGGCAAAAGGCAUUUGAAGGGGAAAUCGUACUGCACUGUGGCAUUUCUGACAGAGAGGGAAAAGGCACAAGGGCAUUCAGCCUUCUGCAAAGGUCAGAGGCCUCUCCUGAAAGGAGAAACAGUUGAGAAAAACUUCUGUCGAAACUAGUGUAUGUAGAAAGCUUUCAGCCAGCCCUUUACUUUAUCUUCUGUGGGCCAAAACUUGUUCCGACAGCUGUUACAAAUCCAGAGCCUCUCCAGCCAAUGGAGGGUUGUUGCUGGACCGCAGCAGGCCUCCCCCUUUGUGGCCAUGUCAAUAGUGAGCAGCUUUCCUAGGGGGAUGUGCUGAGGGUGGCCCAAGGGCACAGCAGCUAAGGCGCAGGGCUCCCCAGGGUGGCCCAGGGACGCGGCAGUGUGAGGUGCAGGGCUCCCCAGCAGCCCAUCUGGGGAGCUCCUCCUGGCUGAGGGCAGGAGGGGACAGUCUGGAGAAGAUGCAGGUGGGGAUCCUAUUACACGGGUGCACACACUCAAUGCAUAUGAGGCACAAAAUAGCAACUUGUUUUAAGGGUGUUUUACUGUAAAUAGUCCACUGUGACUUUUUUUUUUUUUUUUAGACCAAUUAAUACUUUCAGUUUAUCAUUUUAUAUUUUGUAAUUUUAUCAAAGAAAAAAAAAAGAUUGUGAUUUUUGUUUUUUCUUUCUCUCCUUUUCCUAUAUGCAAUCCAAACAACUUCAGGUUUUGGUGAUAACUUUGUACAUUUCUUAAAGAAUUUCUAACAGCACAUUUCAGUACAAUGACAACUGAUAUACACUGAAACAUGACCACUAAAUAAAGUGCUUUUAUGGAGAAA